AUGACCUAUAGAACGGAGACGGCGAGCGAUGUGUUGAGAUGGACGACUGACGACGUACGUCGUUGGUUGCUCAACAAGGGCUUCGAGAAAUAUUCUCGUUUAAUAGCUGAUGAACAUCAGAUCGAUGGGAAAAUCCUACUCCUUUUGACGGAGGAUGAUCUCCGAGAGAAGCCCCUUCAGAUCACAUGCGCUGAAGAUGUACCCACCACUGCCGGACAUCGUUUUGGACGAUUUGCCUCUUAUCGCCAGGGCUUUGGAGAUGUAAUAGUUGUCGCUCGACGAAUGUUCUCGAUGGUCAGCUCAGUGUUCUUGUUGAGAUGUAUCACCAUGUUGAUCACUUCAUUAUCCGUUCCGAGUGUUCAUUUGGAGUGUCGAGCAAAGGAGUCAGAACAUGUGGAGACUACAUGUUUGGCGGUGACACACCACAGCAAUCACUUUGCUCAACCAUUUCAUCACUGGUUAUACACCGUCAUCUUGGGUCUUGCUUCACACAUUGAAGCUUGGAAUAUUCUUGUCACUAUCAUGCUUACGCUUACAAUCAUGUGGAAUUUGACGGCCACUGAUAACAGAAUUGUGUUGUGGUUCCAACUGGGAGUGGUUUUCGAGGAGGCUGGAUCAAAGGGAAAAGUGGAGUUUUACAUGAAUCUAUCA